AAUUCAAAAAUUCAAAAUUACAAAACUACCCUUCAUUUUCCCACUUCCCAAACAGAAAAUUUUCCCUUCAAUCACGAUGAUGUCGAUGUUCAGCUACUUCGAUGUUCUAUUGGGCGAUGCAUCCACCGCUAAAGGAUUCUCUUCUUCGUCUUCAUCUUCGUCUGCUGUGAAGAAAGAGAGAGAAAACAGUAUCAAAAACGGUGAUCGUCGUUCUGAGAAUUCGGCCACAUCGCCGACGGAGAAUGUUUCGACGACGGCGACAACUCGCCGGGAUCAUCAGAAGAGAUCGCCGAGGUUUGCGCCGGAGAUCGAUGGUGUUCAUUGUUUCGAAACCAUUCUCCCUUAUUGAUCUCUCUAUGUCUAUAUAUAUAUUUGUAUUUUUUUUUGUAUAACUGUAUAUUGGAGUGUAUAUGAAUAACUAUUUUAUUUUUGGUAAAUAAUUUAAAGUAUUUGUUCAUUACAAAUUGUUUUUUUUCUAAUUGAUCUCUGUAAUUUUCAUUCAAAGAAAAAAAUUCUCUGUAAUUCUGAUAUUUCAGAAUGAAAACGACAUUCAUAGAAAAAGAAUAAAAACGACACUAUAAUUUGUGAACGA